UAGGCCUGUAGGCUGAGCCAGAUUUUUUCCUGAUUUUGUUCAUAAAAAGGUCUUGUUACAGCCAUAUCUUUUAAGCCCUGUGGAGUCAAGAUGCAUUGCCAAGAAAGGCUUUUGCAUCUCUGAUCGCAUGCUGCCUCCUCCACCAGCCUGUAUUUUUCUAAAAAUAAUCCUGAUUUCAUACCUUAGCUGAUGGACCUUCUAGCUACCAUAGUAGAUGCAGCCUCCCUGGAAAACAGUCAGUAAUAUGUAAAAGCAUUGGAUCCACUCUUUGAGGGAGGUUGUACAGAGCUUUUGAAGAGGCAUCCUUUGUAUUUUGAGCUUUGCUAAAACGUACUAAGCUUAUCCCAAGCCCCUUUUGCUUCCUUGGCACAAGCAAGUCACUGCUGAAUAUGAGGUAUCUAACUCAGCAGAAGAACAAAAAUUCCUUUUUUUCUUUAAAACAAACAAAGUCACUUGGCAGGGGGCAAAGAAAGGAUUUGUUUUCCUAUCCAUUGGGAGAUUUGUCAGGCAGCACAGCCUGAAACGUCUGCUCAGGGUGUGUGACAGUCACUAACAGAGCAGGGAGCGUCUCAAGACAGGUGUCAUAUUCUCCAUUUGAUAAGCAGGGAGAAGAGCUGCCCUGCAAUUGGCAGCACAGCUUUCAUGGACUCUGGGUCUGUGUUGCUGCGCUGUCAGUGGCAGAUCCCUUCUCCCACACACUCUGCUCAGCCCUCUUCGUGCCGCCAUCCUCACAGCUGUGUCAGUUUCUUUAUCCAUUUGGCUCCCAGGAUGCUGCUACGCCAGAUCUGCUGCUGGAGCAGCAGUAAUGCACAGCUGUGCAUAUUGUGGAUGUAAGAGCUUGCAGGCAGCCCUGAGGUGUCAUACAUGUUUUCAUCAAGCUGCCAGAGGUAGGGAAAAUAUGCUGAUGGUCAUUCCCAGCACAGAGAUGACUGUGGCUUGGUGACUCCUUGAAUCAGAGGUGAGGUCUCCACAUUUAACAGCAUUAGAAUAUGAUGACAUGCUGGUGUGAAUGUCCCCAGCCUUCAUUCUCUGGGCCGGGCCUGUCUCUCUGUUCUAAGUAGUGCUUUUCCUCUCCAUUCUUUUCUCCACAGCAAAAUACAAAGAAACUGGUGGAGUUUGAUAUGUACCUUGUAGUCAUGCUGCACCCAGGGCUGCUUAGGCCCGACCAAGCAAAGCUGGACCUUAAAAUUCACUGUGGAUGUAUCUGUAUCCAUAACAUUUCCCAGGCUAUAGCCAGAUGGCACCAGAGCAAACCAUGCAAACAUUGAUAUAGGAGAGAGCACUUCCAUGUGGCAGAUUGACCCUGAAUUGACUCCAGGUGCCCAUCAAAGCUUCUUUGUCACUUUCCUCCUCAGCUGGACAGGGAAGAGAAAACACUGUGAAGGGCUCAGGGGUCAAGAUAAGGACAGAGGGAGAUCGCUGGGCAGUUAGUGCCCUGGAACACUUGGGGAAGUUAGUUACAUUCAUUAUCCAGCCAAAUCAAAGGAAGAUAAUGAGAAAUAAAACCAAAUUUAAAACCACUUUCCCCUUCCCUUUUCCCCAGUCUUAACUUCAUUUCCAAUUUUUCUGUGCUUUGUCCCUCCCAGCACCACAAGGAAGACGGGGAAUCGUAGCAUCAGUUAGUUCACACACAUUGUCUCUGCUGAUUCUUCCUCCUCAAGGAGAGGACUUCUCAUACUCUUCCUCUGCUCCAGUGUGGAGUCCCCAUCAUGGGAGACAGUUCUCCAUUAACUUCUCCAACAUAUGUCCUUCCCACUGGCUGCAGUUCUUCAUGAACUGCUCCAGCAUGGGUCUCCCAAUGGGUUCACAAGUCCUGCUCCAGCAUGUGCUUCCCAUAGUGUCACAUCCUCCUUUGAGCAUCCCCCUGCCUCUGGUGUGAGGUCCUCCACAGGCUCUAGGUGGAUAUCUGCUCCACCGUGGACCUCAGUGGGCUUCAGGGGAGUCUCCUCUCGUGCUGAAGCACCUCCUCCCGCUCCUUCCUCACUGACCUGGGAGUCUGCAGAGCUGUUUUUCUCAUAUAUUCUCAUUCCUUUCUCCCUCCGCAAUCAUUUUUUGUGCUACCACUGUUGCUGGUGGGCUCAGAUUUGGCCAGCAUCUCAGAGCGAGAUAUCACAGACUCCAUUGGACAUGGGGGAAAAGGUUCCAGCAGCUUCUCCCAGAAGCCAGCCCUGUAGCCUACCCUUUACCAAAACCUGUCCACACAAACACAACACGCAGCAUCAUGCAGAGUUGUCCUCUGCCAUUUCAAGAGAUCAAGAAACUAUUAACAGAAGAGCCUCAAAUAGUUUCUGUCACCCAGGAACACGUACGGGAUCAAGAGUAAAAAUCAAAAAGCUGUAGUGCAUCAAAGAAGGCAAGCAGCAUCAACGGCAUCCUUGUGCAGCUGUUGGCCAGCUUAUCCCUGACUGAUGUUUGACAGUAAAGCACAGCCUGAUGGCUUUUGGCUCCUAGAAGCAGCUUCAGGGUAUCUAACACCUAGCACUGGGAGAGGAGGUGGCAAAAGACUGAUCCCUGGUUUGCAGGCUCAGAGUCACUCAAAAAGCAGAGUGAUCUCCUGUGCGCAGUGUCAAGCCCACAUAAGCUGUGCCUUGUAUGCUGAGGCAGGUUUGACACCAAUGUGCUUGUGUGACAGUCUCAGAUUCAGAUCAGGUUCGUGCUGCUAAAGUGACCUGUCAGUCACAGGCUGCUUCAGUGGCCAUGGCAUCCCAGCAUCAGCUCAAGUGUGGAGCAAGCAGGUUGAGCACUUUGUGUUCACACACAGCAGGAGGAUCAAGUGGGCUUUGUGGAAAAAAAACCCACACAGAAUGAAAGGCUUUCCCUUCAUCUUGUCCUGGGUCUUAUCACCAGCAGAGAAACGUGUGAACUUCAUUUAAACAUUUUUUCUCUGAUUUAAGAAUCCUGCUCUUCAGUAUUAUAUCUAAGUCGGUGUAUCUCAGUGUCGUCCUGAUGCUACACAGUUUUACAGUGUAUCAAUAGUACAUUUCUCACUCACCAUCGCACAUUAUAAGGGGUUUCUCCUAGAAUGUUAAUUGCCCAGUCUAAUAAACACAGACAUUUUUACUCUGACUUACUUCACCUUUAGAAAACACUCUGGAAUUUAGCAGCCUUUUGGCUUGGUUGUGCUGGACCAGAAAUAUCCACAGCAAAAUCAGUACCAUCACCAUGUUUAUACCGCUGUGAAUAAGGAGCCAGGUCCACGUGCCUUUGGGUGUGCGUUGGGACAGCAGGUCCUGCAGCCAAGUGCCCUCUGAGAUUUGGAGAAGAAUCAUAGUUUUGCUUUCACUCUGAGGCCAGGAUUCAGUGUAAUUUUAAGGCCCUAGUGGAAAUAGCAAGAACGUAAUAAUAUGUGUGUGAGCAGUAUUUGAGACUCUGGGGGUUGGGGCAAGGGGAAGCUUGGUCUGUAAAAAUAUUGGCAAGUACUAUUUUGCCCUACAUUUGAAGUACUGAUGUGUUCAGUAGUUAGUGAAACGUAGAGCAUUUGCAAACAAAGAAAACUAUUGAGAGUAAACAAAGAUUUUCCCAAGGGCAUUUGUGGCUGCUCAGUUUAGAAAUUUAAUCUGAAGGUCUCUUCUCGGUGAAAUGGGCUUUCGAUUUGUGCCUUACCAUUUUGUUUUUGAGGUGAUUGGAUUGGAAAUCGUGGUAAGAUACUGGAAAUUACUACAAAAUCCUGAACCAUUUAGAGGUCCUCUACAACAAGAGGUCUGCAAAAGCCUAUACUGUUGAGAAGGCCUAUACAACAAUGCCAGAGCUGUAUUUAUUGUUUUAGCAAAUAAAUUUGUCAAGUUGUCAGAGUAAACAAGAAAGAGAUUUCUCAAAGACACACACAUUGUAUUGUAUACCUGGGUGAAUUCCUUGGGGAAUCCUUUCCUUCCUCAGAAGAUGGUGCCUUUCAUGUCACUUGGGUGAGGAUUAAGCACUAUUAGGCAGAAGGAUGAAAACUGGUGCAGUUGCUUUAGUGAGACAGUGGGAUGUUUAGACUUUUGGUUCACUUGAUUUAUUGCUCAGUUAUUAGACUGUGCCCUGACACUGAUGUGUGAGAGACAGGGAGAGCUAUACAUUUCUCCCUGAUUUCUAUUAACAGCCUCCCAAAUAACAGCCUGUGUUAACAGCUGCUUAAUCCUUUUCAUGUUGAGGGAAGAAAUGUCUGAAAGCUUUUCUACUGUCCAAGUGAGUUAGGGAGAGAAAGAAGGAGCCUCAUCUCCAGCUCAACCUUUAUAUGCAGUCUAUUUAUUUUUUCACAAAGACCAGUGAAAUCCAAGGCAUGUUGUAAUGCUCUUUGCUAUUUUCUUGUCUCCUUACUGGUGCAAGUUUAGAGAAAGGCUAACAGGUAUGUAACUGAUGAACUGUUAAGGGCUGAGUGUUCAGGACAUGUGGUUAUCACGUGAGUCAUGAGUGAAAAUCAACCAAUCAGUCUGUUUCCCUCAUGCUCUUCACAGAUAAUCUUUUUGUUGGUCCUAGUGGAGGGAGUGGUGUCUUUGGUUAAGAAGGAAUGGUAUUUUACUCUGUGCAGCUACACUGGAAGAAGACUGUGUGAUAUGUGAGAUAAUUUAACUGCGCUUCUGCGUGUUUGCGUGCAGUGAGAAAUGUGAAGUACUCGGGCCGCUUGGAGGUGACACUGUUGGUGCUGUUACAAGACACAAGGAACACAGGAACUGAAAAUUCUGAGAAAAUCUCCAUUAAGACCUGAACUGACUCCAGGCUGGGUUUACUGAACGGCUCCAGAAACUACUGAUAGGCUCAUAUGAGCAUGAAUAAAUGAUGGUUAUUAAUAGUUAUGAUUCAUAAGCAAGGGAUGUGUGCCUUGCAAGAAAGUUUUCUUUAUAGCUGCUACACCUUCCCCUCUCUAUUUUAACCAUCAUUUGCCUCUGCUGUGUCCCUUCUCUCCUGCUCUGAUCCUAUAUUUCAUCAUGUCUUUACCUGUUACUCAGGCCACUUCUUACCUUCUCCUCCCCAAUGUUUUCUGGUGUCCCAGGCCACUCUCCUGCCCAGGAACUCCCCUUUCUCCCGACUGUCUGACUGGUCUGGCUUGCUUGCAGUCCUCUCGGCUGUAACAAACACUGCCCCGGGGCUCAAAGGAACAAGGUAGUCCUUGUAUUCAUAUCCGGCUGGUGCUGAGCCUCUUGGGUUAUUGUGCAGACAGUUCUCGCAGGAGUGGUCUGUCUUGGAUAUUUCUAAGCUUCUUGUCUAUGGGAUCUCAUUAUCACACCAGGCUCAUGAAUGUCUGUGUCCCCAGAAAAGUGCUGUGAGAUAAGAUGUGCUAUUAAAUCCUGUUUUAUAGACAGGGGACUGGAAUCAGAACAAGCAGGGAAUUAAGCCAGAAUCCUCCUGAAUGACAAAUUAGGAGCAUAAUGCAAUCUUUAUGAAUAUGCUCUUUGUUUCAAUUUGCCUGGAUAGUUUUUUAAGUAUGAUUGCAAAAGAAUGUGGUUAUGUGGGACAUGAAGAAGGCUGAGGUACUCAGCUACUUUCUUUGGUUAAAUUUUCACCAGCAAGCACUCCCACCACACCACCCAAGUCACAAAAGGUAGAGGCAGAGACUGGGAGAAUGAACCACCCACUGUAGGAGAAAAUCAGGUUUUAGACCAUCAGAGAAGCCUGAAAAUGCAGAAGUCCAUGUAACCUGAUGAGGUGAGUCCUGAGGGAACUGGCAAAUGAUGUGGCUAAGCCACUAUCCAUUGUACUUGAGAGGUUGGGAGUGUCUGAUAAAAUUCCCACUGACUGGAAGGGGAAGGGGAACCAUAGGAGAAGUAUAACCCCCAUUUUUAAACAGGGAAAACAGAAUGGACUUUAUGGAUGGACCGCUCGGUGGGUAAGGAAUUAGCUGGAUGGUCACACUUGUGGUCAGUGGCUCGAUGUCCAAGUGGAAAGCAGUGACUUGUGGCAUUCAGGGGUUGGUGGUGGGACCAGCACUGUUGAAUGUCUUUGAUGGAGAGGGGGAUUGAGUGUAUCCUGACCAAGUUUGCAGAUGACAGACUUGUGUGGUAUGAUCAAUACACUGGAGGGACAUGGACAGGCUUGAGAGUUGGGCCUGUGCAAACUUUAUGAAGCUCAGCAAGACCAAGUGCAAAGUCUUACACCUUGUUCAGGGCAAUCCCAGGUACAAAUAUGGGCUGGGAGGAGAAUGGAUUGAGAGCAGCCCAGAGGAGAAGGACUUGGGGUUGCUGGUGCAUGAGAGGCUGGACCUGACCCAGCAGUGUGCACUUGCAGCCCAGAAAGCCAGUUGUGUCCUGCCCAGCAUCCAAAGCUGCAUGACCAGUAGGGUGAGAGAGGGGAUUCUUCCCCUGUGUCCACCUGAGGGGUUCCCAACACAGGAGCAGCUUAGACCAACUGGAACGAGUUCAGAGGAGGCCGUGAAGAUGAUUAGAAAGCUGAAGCACUUCUCCAGUGAACACAGGCCAUGAGAGUUGAGACUAUUGAGCUUUGAGAAGAGAAGGCUCCAGGGAGUCCUUACUGCAGCCUGUCCAUACCUGAAGGCAGUGUGCAAGGAAGCUGGAGAGAGACUUUUUAGAAGGACUGAUAGUGAAAGGACAAGGGGCAAUGGCUUUAAACUGAUGUUACAUUGGAUGUAAGGGAGAAAUUUUUUAUUAUAAGUAUGUUGAGGCACUGGAACAGGAUGCCCAGAGAUAUGGAUGCUCCAUCCCUGGAAGUGUUCAGUGCCAGGUUGAAUGAGAUUUUAAGCAUCCUGGUCUAGUAAAAGCAGGAGGUUGGAGCUGCAUGAUCUUUAAAGUCCUUUCCAACCCAUGAAUCUGUGUUGGGAAAAGUCCCAGCCCACUUGGCUUUUCACAGUGCUCUCUAAGUGUACUUACACAGUACACUUUUUCUUACAGUACACUGUGAGAAAAGGUCUCAUAUUUCAGGUGCAAGUUUUGAGCUCUCUGAGCAAUGCUUGCUGCAGUGUCUAAGCAGAUAAGCUGAUUUCAAUUAUCUGUCAUGUGAUUGCUUCCUAUUUGUUUUCAGCACUGUCAUUAAAAAAUAAAAGAAAAAAAAGACCCCAGCAUUUAUUUAAAGAUACCAGUACUGUAUUUAGCUGUAGCAAAAGUUAAGUGAAGUUAAUCUCUGCUGAGGAGAAUGGAGGUUUAAACUGACCUUACAGGAGAAUAAAUCAGGAGCUGAACAAAGAUUUUGAGUUGCCCUCAAGGGAAACAGAGGUUGCAGCACUGAGCUGCAAAUAGUGCCAGGUGUGAGCUGACUACACAAAGGAGAGAGUCCUGAUUGCCCUUCUCUCAGUUGGUUCAUUCUCCUUCCUGCCAACUGUACUAAGCAAGAAAAAUGGACCAAACAGAAGAACUCCUAGGCAAGCUUCCCAUUUGGAAAAUCAGAGCUACUUGGGCUUUCUCAUGCACUGUCUGUGAGCCAUUUGCUUUCUGCAGACAAGGUGAGGUACCCAGGUGCCUGGCAUAUUCUCAAAAACUGGUCCUUUGCAUCUGUGUGGUGAGAAACAGGUCCUGGAAACAAGUCCUAGGUACAUCUCCCUACUCAUUCCUCCGGGCUCAAGAGCAUCUGGGCCCAGGAUCCCCUGUUAGGCUAGCUCAAAUAAAGAAUGGCAGCAGAACUGGAAAGUUCCCUCCACACUCAGCUACUAGUUUUAAGUAUUUAUUGCAAAUACUUGAGUACAAGUGAUUUCUAACAUGUGUCCUUUAGUAAUUUUUUUUCUAAAAGAAAUUUCUUGUUUUAAACCAAAAAUAAUACACCCAGUUAUGAAUGAUGUUGCUUUUGCUGUACUCCUUAAGGCUUUACAAUUUGCCUCUCAUCCCAUGAUGGAACAAUUCUUAAAAUAUGAUGUUCUCAGUGAUACCAAAAUAUGAAUUAUAAUUUGCUAUAGUUUUAAAGAUACAUUUCAUUUUGAAGUAUUUUUGCAAAGUGUCUGGUAUGUUUUAUUAUUAAAAUAAUUUCCAUAUGGAAAGCAACCAUGUUGCUACUGAACUGGAGAGAAACAAAAGUUUUGGUGCCAGGUGGGGCAAGUUCAGGAGUAGAAUUUCAAAGGAAAAAGUGAAAACAGAAAUCCACAGUUUUCUCUGAUCAUCAGUAGCUUUGAUUUUCAAGUAACUGGUUGAAUAUGGUAUUUUCAAGGUAAAUGUAGACAAAUCGUUUAAAAACCAAUUUUUAAUUACAGUUUCUCUGAAAAGUUUGUCAUAGUCAGUCAUAAUAAGACUCUACUGAAGGCAAACAGAUAUGAUGGACUAAUGCUACCAGAGGACAGUCAGAAUGGAUGUAGAGUCAUUGCUUAAGCUGUGGGGUAUAUUUGCCCUUUCUCCUACAGUAUAAAGAGAUAAAAAUAUUGCUCUGUGUGGUUUGCAUUUUGAGCCUUGCUUCCCCCACCCCAGAAAGCUUCCAUUUUACAGUGUAAGAGUCCAUAUCCAUUUCAUUAUGAAUUUUUUUACCACAGUUGAGUGACCUGUCAUGCUCAUGUUGGCUGUGGUUGCUCUAUGAUCUGCAGACAUUUCAGCAGUUUCUGUAGUGGCUGCUGCCCUGGCUGCCCAGGCCAGAUGCCCAGGACAUGCAAACACUUUCUUUGCAUUCUUGCUCCCAAGUGCUGACUGGCUCGGUACUAGUUAAUCAAAACUGGUUUAAUCAUCUGCAGCUGUAUUCAACUUGAUUUCUUCACAUACAAAUUCCUAGCUAUCUUCCCCCAGCAUUUAUCUGGAGAUAUGUUAAUAACAUCUGUAAAGAUAGAUAAGGAUAAUGUCAAGAUUAUCUCUGUUUAUGCAAGUGCUUCUUUUGGAGGUCCACAGUGUGAUGCACCAGUCAUUCCCAAGGGCUUGAAUUCCAGGUGGGCAGUCACCUCCAUUUCCUGGGCCAGACUGCACUUAACUCUUCAGGUCAUAGAGGGUUUUCUCCUGCAUGUUUGAUGUGGAGAAUCAUCCCUGAGAAUGGACAUCUGUUAGUCGCCUGACAGGCUCUGCUGUUUCUGCUUGCAGGUGAAAAUAUAACAGGAUUCUUGUGUAUCAUGAACAUCCUCUCCCCCUUAAACAAACAUCCCGUGACUCAGGUUUCCUUUUGUCCAAAAUUGCUGAAGAGGUGCUUUAGAAAGGAGAGCAAGUUGCAUUGGGAUGCAAACAGACAAAGUUUUUAAUAUGUUCAAAGCUGGCUAAGGAGCAAUGGAUCCCACAAAACUCAGGAUAAGUACAGGAUUUAGAGUGUCUUUCUGAGGUACUUUACAGCUUCCAUCGCAGGUGAAUAGUAGCUCAGAGAAAUCCUUCCUGUCAUAUCAAUGUGUUUCAUUGAUUUACAUCUGGAAUAAAGGCAAGAUCAGGGGUUCUUGCAUGAGCCUGGGAAGAAAUGUCACUAUACCUUGUAUAUCCAUGUAUCAGGAAAACAAGAGCAAAGGUGCAAGCACAGCACUAGCCUGGAGACUAGAAACUUCUGUCUUCAGAAAGGGCUGGGUCUGGAAGGGAACAGGUGUCCGUGUCCUCCAGCCCCCCUACACAGUCGGGGACUUCCAGUGUCUCUAAGGUGUGAGGAAGUGAGUGCUGGAGUCCUGGACUCUCUUCCCGCCUGCCAGGUCCACAUGAAAUAAAAGAGGAUUUUGCAGAGCAGAGGCAGAAGGGGAGAAGUUUAGUCAGGUUUGGUGGUGCAUUCACACUGGCAAGCAUCUUUUUAGUAGAACUGGAGUGGGAAAUUUGAGGCUGCAGGUGAAGUGAGACUUGAUUAGAUAUAGCUCACUGAUCAGGCAACUGAUAGUCAGUGAAAGAGGAUAGUAGCACACAGUGCUAGGUUUUAGGGUUUUAGGACAGCUAUAGGUGAAACGUGUCAUUGCACUGGGAGAUCUGGCUUCCCAGAUGUCUCUGCUGAUCCUUCAUAUGCAAUCAAAUAAAAACUCUCCCUAUUUUAUAAUUUUUGUCCUCUUUCAUCUUUUGUGCUAUGGAUGGCAGUCCUGUGUAUUCUUCUCAGCGAAAAAUUCAAAGACUUAGGGGUCAUGCUUCCAUUUAAAUGCUGAAGUUUAAUGUGGUCAGGGGACCAGAUGAAAAGGAAAGAGGGAUUCAUCAUUUAUCUUUUUAACUUUACCCAGAAAUUAAUUUUAAUUUUAAUUUGUUUUGUUUUCAGGGAAAAGUAUGGGCCGAAGUAUUGCCGUAAUAUGUGGCAUUUUCUAAAUUGUCAAAUGUUUCAAAAACUAUUUUGAUAACACUCAGUUCUGUUGGGUUCACAGUUACAGAUACCUUCUUGCUAUGGUGAUUGUCUGAUACAAAUACCAAAUGUUGCUAUUGAAAGAAAACCAGCUGUAGUUAAAUUUAGGUAAAAAUGAAGGAAAUAGACUGUUGUCAAAACAAAGAUGAUGAACUGAGAAUACUUCACUUCUCAACUGAUACUAAAGCUAGAGCUUAAAAUAAUAACAGUGAAAUUGCUAAAAUAUAUUUGACCACAUUCUUCAAAAUAAAAUUAAGACAUUUCCUUGUUCAGUGAAAAUUAAUUAAAACUACUGUUUUACUUAAUAUGAAUGCAGUUUGGGUUGGUACUCUAUUUUUAAAUGAUCAGGAAGCCAAUCCUGAGAGUCACUUUUCCAAUAUGAACGUCCAGGCCAUUUUAUUGUAGUGGUUUAAGAAUUGUAUAGGUCUCCUCAGGAAGGCAGGGACUGUUUUGCCUCUCUUUUAAUCAACAUCCUUCGUUUGCUUUCCCUCAUUGGCCUCUCUAGAGCAAAAGGCUGCUUAUCUACUUGAAUGGAAUGGGAACUUCUCUUCUUUUGGAAAAGCACAGUGAGAAGAUUUUCUAUUUGAGUGUUAAGUAGGAAAUGAAUCCAGCCUGUCAGAGCUGAAAACCAAACGUAUUAACUCUUUACAGACUUUUCUGCCAGAAUGCUUUAUGCCAAAACUCUGUAUGGAAUGUUUUCAAAGGAGAUCAGUUGGCUAAAUGUCAGGAGAAGGCAAACCAGACAGCUGGCUUCAGCAGCACUUGUGCUACCCACAGCCUUGACUCCAUCCAACAAUCCCAGAUGGAUUCCCCAGCAACCCAGCUCAGGGCUGAUACCUCUCCUGGCUACUUUCAUUCCUGCUCUCUCUCACCAUCUUGUCCCUCUAUUUUCAAGCUGCUCUUGACUGUGGUCUUGAGUCUUUUCACACACUGUUAAGGGGGCAGCUGCCCACAGCUUCUCUCAGCCUUUCUGAGGACCCCCUCCACUGCAGAGCCAUGCACAGGGAAAAAGAGUGGACACAGGAAAGGGUCUUUUAGGUGAGUUCACCAGAUAUGGGUGGAAACCACUUGCCCACUCGAGAUUUGGGAAUAGGUUGUUACAGUAAUUGUGAAGUUUGUUUCAGGCUUCCUGGCUGAAGAUUGCAACAAACUGGUUGCAGCUGAAGCCGGAACCCUGUUCAGCCACCUGAGUUGAUGGCAGGCAUCCAACCUGACUAAUUUUAGCCAGGACACUCUUCCGUUUCCUGCACAUUUCACACUUCAGUGAGUCAAAGUGAAAGUAGGUGGGGAUAUUAUGAACGAGGUCCCAACUUGCACUUAGAGCUCUUUGGACACUGGUAUGUCUAUUGUAUGGCCAAAUGAAAGCAGCAAAAUGUCCCAUUGCAGUGCCCUCAGCUGGAGAGUGCUUCAUGUACUGCACAAUGACAAAGCUCACUGAAACAUGAUGGUCAAGUUUAUUUCAUUUUGUCUUCUUGUGCCUUUCCUUUUGUCCCCCAUAUAACUGCGCUUCAGCAUACUCCCAGCAGGAAAGUCAGGCUUGCGUUGGUAAAAGUCAUGUAAAAACCUGCACUGUGGUUUACCUACUGUUUAUAAUCACAUUUUCCUCAAAAAUUUCUCUAGGAAGGCUUUGACAUUCAUGACGGUUCUGUGCCUUGUACUUACCUUCCAUGCUGAUAGCAGAUAGAUACAGUUAUACUUACGUAUUAUUGUAAUUGUAAUUGUUGAUAGUGCCCUAUUUGGUUCACACCAUUUCUUUCUGUGGAGUAAUAGAUUUGCUGAAUCUGUCCAUUUUUGCUUUUGCUAAAUUAAAAAGAAGACACAUUAACAUGCUUUCAAAGAGAUUUAGGGAGAGGGAAACCACUACAUCCCAGUGCAUGAAUUAAAAAAAAAAUGCUAAUCGACCCAUAAAUGAAAAUCAAGAGUUGUUUUUAUUUCAAACAGCUGCAUCUCUGUCAAUGCAAGAUUUAUUGGUUACCAGUCCUCCCAAGACUUAGGAACGUGCUUAGUUGGACUCAUUGAAUUCAAAAGCAGGCUUUCUUCUGCACAGCAGAGCAGGGGUGCAGGGGCCAGCUAAGUUUCAGCAGAUCCUGUGAGCCUCACUUGUGCUUUGGCUGCAUGGGAGCACAGUGACCUCCAGUAGUGAGUCUGUUCAGAAGUACUGGCUCUGUUAGAUGUAACGCAGGGCCUUCAAAGAGCCGGUUUAUGUCUGAUUUGCCUUCUUGAAGUGAACCAGGUGAUGGAGAUGUGUUCUGCAAAAUACAGUGGAUAAAAUGGCAGAGGAUUUAGGCUUAUGCAUACAACCAUACCUUGUGCUUGGUUUCUCAGUGGUGUGGGUGGAGACUGCCUCGGACCAGCACAAACAGCAAGGUGGUGACCAGAAUGAUUGAAGAUUGUGGGAAAAGAGGAAAUACCAUGGCAGAAAGAAGGCAGCUGUUUGCAGAAAUGCGGGCUCAGGAUCUGGAUCGCAUCCGUUUGUCCACCUACCGAACAGCAUGCAAGCUUAGAUUUGUUCAGAAGAAAUGCAACUUGCACCUGGUGGACAUCUGGAAUGUGAUCGAAGCCUUGCGGGAGAACGCCCUGAACAACCUGGACCCCAGCAUCGAACUGAAUGUGGCUCGCCUGGAAGCUGUGAUUUCAACCAUCUUCUACCAGCUCAACAAACGGAUGCCCACCACCCACCAGAUCAACGUGGAGCAGUCCAUCAGCUUGCUGCUCAACUUCCUGCUAGCGGCCUUUGAUCCGGAAGGACAUGGUAAAAUUUCUGUUUUUGCUGUCAAAAUGGCCUUGGCAACUCUUUGUGGGGGAAAAAUCAUGGACAAAUUAAGAUAUAUUUUCUCCAUGAUUUCUGACUCCAGCGGGGUGAUGGUUUAUGGCAGGUACGACAUGUUUCUGCGCGAGGUUCUCAAGCUGCCCACCGCUGUCUUCGAGGGGCCUUCAUUUGGUUACACUGAGCAGUCGGCAAAAUCCUGUUUCUCACAACAGAAAAAAGUCACAUUAAACACUUUCUUGGAUACUCUCAUGUCUGAUCCCCCACCACAGUGUCUAGUGUGGUUACCACUUCUGCAUCGACUGGCAAAUGUUGAAAAUGUCUUCCACCCUGUCGAGUGUUCCUACUGCCACAGCGAGAGCAUGAUGGGGUUUCGCUACCGCUGCCAGCAGUGUCACAAUUACCAGCUCUGUCAGGACUGCUUCUGGAGGGGCCAUGCCAGCGGUUCCCACAGCAACCAGCACCAAAUGAAAGAGUACACGUCAUGGAAAUCACCUGCUAAGAAGCUAACUAAUGCACUUAGCAAGUCUUUAAGCUGUGCUUCCAGCCGUGAACCUUUGCACCCAAUGUUCCCUGACCAGCCUGAAAAACCUCUAAACCUGGCUCAUAUUGUAGAUACUUGGCCCCCCCGACCUGUAACCAGCAUGAACGACACACUCUUCUCCCAUUCUGUUCCCUCAGGAAGUCCCUUUGCAAAUAGAAGGUUACUUGGGGGUAUAAAUGCAGCCAGUCCUGUGGCUGAUGAGCAUUCUCUUAUAAAGCUGUAUGUAAAUCAGCUUCACAACAAUUCACGCUCUCCUUCCAAGAAUACUGAAGUAGAGCAGAGCAAACUGCUGGCUAGGGCUGCUCCAGCUUUCUUGAAAGGCAAAGGGUUACAGUACAGCCUGGAUGUUGCAGACAGGCUGGCUGAUGAACACGUGCUCAUCGGGGUCUAUGUCAACAUGCUACAGAGCAGCCCCGCACGCGUCCUUGACAGUGCAAGUCGGCUGGAUGAAGAACACAAGCUGAUCGCCAGGUACGCAGCAAGGCUGGCAGCAGAAACUUCUUCAUCACAGCCGAGUCAGCAGAGAGGGGCAUCAGAUAUCUCCUUCACCAUUGAUGCAAACAAACAACAAAGGCAGCUGAUUGCAGAGCUUGAAAAUAAAAACCGAGAAAUCCUGCAGGAGAUCCAGAGGCUGCGACUUGAACAUGAGCAAGCGUCUCAACCCACACCAGAGAAGGCCCAACAAAAUCCCACUCUCCUUGCAGAGCUCCGGCUCCUGAGACAGCGGAAGGAUGAGCUGGAGCAGAGGAUGUCUGCUCUCCAGGAAAGCCGAAGGGAGCUGAUGGUUCAGUUAGAAGGCCUCAUGAAACUGCUGAAGGAAGAAGAAUUGAAACAGACGCAGGGAGCAGGCUCCCCACGCUCCUCGCCCAGCCACACCAUCAGCCGGCCUAUUCCCAUGCCCAUCAGGUCUGCCUCCGCCUGCUCCACCCCCACCCACGCACCUCAGGACUCUCUGACCGGGGUGGGAGGAGAUGUGCAGGAAGCCUUUGCACAAAGUGCAAGACGAAACUUAAGAAAUGAUUUGCUGGUGGCAGCAGAUUCAAUCACCAACACCAUGUCUUCUUUGGUAAAAGAACUAAAUUCUGAAGUGGGCAGCGAGACAGAGAGCAAUGUGGAUUCUGAGUUUGGCCGGACUCAUUUUGAUGAUCUGGUUCCAUCCCCGACGUCUGAGAAGGCUUUCUUGGCACAGAUCCACGCCCGGAAGCCAGGAUACAUCCACAGCGCUGCUGCCACCGGCUCCAUCCGCAGUGACAUGGUUACAGAAGAUGGAGACCCUUAUGUCAGAGCAGAUGAUGAAAAUUAUGAGAAUGACUCUGUCCGCCAGCUGGAGAAUGAACUGAAAAUGGAGGAGUACCUGAAGCAGAAGCUGCAGGAUGAGGCGUACCAGGGAAGCUGCAGUCAGACAGACAAUGAAAGCUACGUAAGAACUGAUGAUGAGGAGAGCUGCUUUCGGACAGACGAUGAAGAAAACUCAGCUGCGAACUUCACAGAAGAAUGGAACCAAGAGGUGCAGCGUCUCUUGACAAAAAAAUCACAUAACUAAAAGUUCUGAGGACUGUAGCACAGUACUUUUGUUCUAAGAGUUGUAGUUUGUAGAUGUGUGUUUUUUGACAACAAGACUUUUGUUUAAAGCUAACUUAUAUUAGCUACAUCUUCUGUAACAUGGCUCAUUUCUGGCGAAGCAAACAGACUGACGCGCGUGCUGCUGUCACACACGGCGGCGCUGUUAAUAACUCACGUAAACCCUUUGCACAUGAUAUUGAACCUGUUCAGUUUACAAUGACAAUACUGUUUAUAGUUAGAAAUUUGAUUUCUGAAUACUUUGAGAUUUUAGUAGAUCGGUUUACUAUACACUGUACAUUUUUUUUCCCCCACGGGAGAAAUAAAAAGCGACAGUUAUGCAUUUAACACUGAACGAUGAUACUCCUGAGUGUAUAUAUCUAGUAGCCCAAAAAACAAAGUACCAGACUAUAUUUGCAAUUUGUUUGCAAGUCUUUAAAUUAAGGCUUAUACAAAAUGUACUAAAAUAAUAAUAAUAUAAUUAAUAAUAAUAAUAAACUUGUCUAAUUUAGGGCUAAUGUGUAACUUAGGAAUGUUUCUUUCAAAAUAAUCUAACAAAUCAGCCAUAGAAGUUAGUGUAAAUAUUUUUUUUCCAAAUAGAUAUCAUAUACAAAAGGUGACAUUCAAAUGAUAUAGAAUCUAGUUUUUAAAUCAGCACAGAUCUUCUUAAAACUGUGAACUAUGUUUUGAAAUACUCGUUGCUAAAGCUGUUUAUAAACCACAGGUGCCAUAAGAUCCCUGAACUGACUGAUGUUACGUAUAAUCCUCCAUGGUAUUGUUUCAUUGAUGUUUUAGCUUUAGUAGGCAUGUGUUCAACAAACCAGCUCUUUCCAUCUCUCUGCCCCUCCUCUUCCUCCCCGCCCCCUUCCAUUAUGUUCUUUUCGAGGCCUUCAGCUUUAAAUGUACAGGCUUAAAGUGCGCUUGCAACUGUUUUCUUUUGAUUUCCGAAUGUGUACUGCCUUAGCCAGCCACCAGAUGUUCUGCAUGCCCUCUUGGAAAUGUGUGGUGAGACUCUUUCAGAGCUGGAUGGAGAAAUAGCGAUCAGUGAAAAGCACAAGAAGAGCAGUAGAUUCUUGCGAAAGGACAGGCAUACAGUUACAGAAUUGGAGUUUCGUCCAGUUUAGUAUUUUUCCAGUAUCAAGGCAUUUCAGGAGAAAGGGGACUGACGUGGCCAUUAGGCAGGGUUAGGCAGUGAGGCUGCUGGCUAAAAAAAUGUUUGCUCUGCUGUGACUACAAACCUACAGAUACUCCUGAGUGGGCAUUGACACAAACUAUCAUUAACGUGCUCCCCUGAGCACCCUGCUCUGAAACAGAGGUGACACCUCUGUGGCACAUGGCACUGCCCUGCAGAGGAGCCAGAGCCAGGCCAGGGACAGCUGGAGCAGCAGCCAGGCAGGGACACCAGGAGGUGUUCCAUGCUGGCUGCCUGGCCCUCCUGAGCUGCGCAGUGUUAGCUCGGGGCCGCCUCUGUGCCAAGGUAACUUUACUGCCCUAAUGCAAUACUGGGCUUCCAGUACCUGGCUGACCUGAAGUGACACUGUCUAACAGCCCUGAAAACAGUGGUGUUUCAUACAGAUAUUUCACACCAGCACAGUUUGCCUACAGCAAGUGAUGAGAUACCCGUCUAAAGCAGGUUAACGUGGCUUGUCUGUCCUUGCUUUCAUGGUGACGUGGAUGUGUGCUGCUGUGUUUACAUGAGAUUGCUAUGUAGCUCGACCCAGUAAGUCCACUUGUUUGCAUGCAUUCUCCAGGCUCGUGGCUGUUUCCCUGGGCACUAUGUGUUAGGGAAUGAGUAUCUGUAUGAAAGAGCUGCUGCCAUGUUUCACUUUCAUACCAUUUUAUUGUGUACGCAGGUCUCUUGUCUGUAAAUCCUUGCAUACCUGGGCUUGCUCUCAGACAUCCAAAUGCAUACUAAGGGAUCCAGAUAUCUUCAUACAAGCUUUUCAUUUUUUUAGUCGCUGGUCUUUGCUCCUGGGUAUGUGCCAUCCUGGCAAGGCAGGCACCAUAUCCUCCACUGUCCCUUCCUCCAACCUCCUCUCAGGAAUGAGUUAGCCUCCACUAGUGCCUAGCACUCCAUGUUUUAAGCUACUCCAGUGAACCUGUAGACAUUGCUGUCAGCUCAGGAUUCCAGGCAAGCAUUUCCUGAACAGGGAGAAAACAAGCUAGAACACAGCUAUGUGCAAUGGCUGAUUAAUUCAACCCAUGUCAUGUUUAACUGUACCCAAAGUAAUAGAUCCCUCUCAUCACCUUAAUGUCUGCGUGCUCAUUAUCACUAUGCUUAAAAUAGAUGCACUAGACUAAAUCCAUUGCAAGAGCUUCCAAACUAGGAGUAAGAGCUGAAGUUGACUAAUCAAGCACCUUUCUUUUAGGCUGGUGUCAACAAGAUGAUCCCUUCAGGAGUUCUGGGUCCCUUAUGCCCUGGAGCUCUGAGAUGAAGCACCUCAUACUUAGCUCUGCAAAUGUCUAUUUUAAGCAUUUUUCCAACUGUUAAGCUGGCUGCAUUUUCUCCCAGCUGGUCUUUGUCUGUUUGUUGACUCUUAUUUUGGUUGUGGUUUGCGGUCAUUAAAACAACCGCAGUUACAGAAGAGGUGCCAGGUAUGGCCCUUUUCUUAAUUACCAAUGGCCCACCGCAACCGUGAAAACUCCGGGUGGUUUUACUGUCACUGGAGGAAAACCAGUGGUUUGGAAUCAGGAGACAGGGAUGUGAAGAUGUAUAGGGUCCUUGAAUGUCCAAAGCGAAGGUGGAGAAUGGGUUGUCUGUAAGUAGUAAUGUUAACUAAACUGCAUAAAAAGGUGUGUGGCCUUUGUUGUGAUAUAAUAUGUAUUUUCUUAUAUGCAUGAGCCAAAUUGUUGCAUCAUAAUUUAUCAUAAGUGUGUCCGCCUUUACUUUCAGUCAUCACCUUCUCCCAUUCUUACUGGUUCUUGGCAAUUACUGUAGAUAGACCUUGUAAAUAUUGCAACCUCGGGUUGCUGUAAUCACAUUGGUUCAAUUCAGCAGAUGGAGCUGUGAACAACAAGCACUCCACAGUGUCCUGAAGAAUAAAGGGCAUUUUUACCUUUGAACCAAAAACAAGAAAAAGUACGAAGAGUUACAUCUUGAGGCUACUAACUGCAACGCAUUUUUAAAACACUGUACUUGACACCACUUGAGACAGAUACAGAGACACUAAAAAUGUCACGAUAUUCAUUGGUAUUGUAACAGAACUGCUAUUGUAUGGGGUUUUUGUAUUGCUGUUAAGUAUUGUUUUGUGUGUGUGUGUGUUGGAACCUACUGGGGACAUGUUAUAUUUUGAAGUGAUUAAACUAUUUAAUUGUGUGUCUAUAUUUUGGAAUGGAAUUAUUUCUUCAUUAAAAAGAUUUUUAAAAGGAA